UGGAUUCUAACCGCCCUUUUUAAAUAAUCCUCCCAUUUCCGCUUCUUUCCCAAGCUAAAUCUCAGCCAAAACCUCUCAUCAACUCUAAUCCCAGUCUCUCUUAACGCCGUUUUUUACCCUCAUGGCCCCAACCAAGAAGAUCAGGAUCGGAAUUAAUGGAUUUGGAAGGAUUGGCCGUUUGGUGGCCAGGGUGGCUCUUCAAAGAGACGAUGUUGAGCUCGUUGCUGUCAACGACCCUUUCAUUAACACCGACUACAUGACAUAUAUGUUUAAGUAUGAUACUGUUCACGGCCAAUGGAGGCACUUUGAUGUCAAGGUCAAGGACUCUAAAACCCUUCUCUUUGGAGAGAAGGCCGUCACUGUUUUCGGACUCAGAAACCCUGAGGAGAUCCCAUGGGCUGAGGUCGGUGCUGAAUAUGUUGUUGAGUCAACUGGUGUCUUCACAGACAAGGAAAAGGCUGCCGCCCACUUGAAGGGUGGUGCUAAGAAGGUUGUCAUUUCUGCCCCAAGCAAAGAUGCACCCAUGUUUGUUGUCGGAGUUAACGAGAAGGAAUACAAGCCAGAGCUUGACAUUGUUUCCAAUGCUAGCUGCACUACCAAUUGCCUUGCUCCUCUCGCCAAGGUUAUCAACGAUAAGUUUGGAAUUGUGGAGGGUCUUAUGACCACUAUCCAUGCCAUCACUGCUACUCAGAAGACUGUUGAUGGUCCAUCAAACAAGGACUGGAGGGGUGGAAGAGCUGCUUCCUUUAACAUAAUCCCCAGCAGCACUGGAGCUGCUAAGGCUGUUGGAAAAGUUCUGCCCCAGCUGAAUGGCAAAUUGACUGGAAUGUCUUUCCGAGUCCCUACCGUUGAUGUCUCGGUUGUUGACCUUACUGUCAGGCUAGAGAAGAAGGCAACCUAUGAGCAGAUCAAAGCUGCUAUUAAGGAGCAAUCAGAAGGUAGCCUAAAGGGAAUCUUGGGUUACACUGAAGAUGAUGUUGUGUCUACUGAUUUCGUUGGUGACAGCAGGUCAAGCAUAUUUGAUGCCAAGGCUGGAAUUUCUUUGAAUGAGAACUUUGUAAAGCUUGUUGCUUGGUAUGACAAUGAAUGGGGUUACAGUACCCGUGUGAUUGACUUGAUUGCCCACAUUGCAUCUGUUGCUUAAAUCCAACAUUGGAUCACCCGGCUUUAUAAAUUUUGUCUCCCUCCAGGGUGUUUUAGUAUUAAUGGUGUUUCAGAAUAAGCAUUUGUGCCAUCGUUAGUGAAGGCACAAAGCAAUCAGUUUCAAUUGUGUCUCAGUUAUAUAUAGCAGGGCCUUACAUAGGUUUUUCCUCCUCUUGUUCAAGAGGCAUGGAUCCUAUGUUCUCAAAAAAAGAAACAAGAAAAUACCAAGUAACAUUUAGUUUCUGUCAUAUUUGUUUUUCGUUUGAUAGUAAUUAAUAUUCGGUUUCAAUCAA